UUGAACAAAGCUACUACGUACAGGGCAAUCACGCCGCAGUACAUGUAGAUCGGUCUUGAUAGGUAAGCUUCAAUAACCACCAUGGACAGAGAGUCAACGUCUAAUCACACUGGAAGUCGUAUAAAUAACACGAUUUUAGAUGAUAUUAGCGACUCCAGUGAUUAUGUCGUCGUGUUCAAAGGAGACACUGGCAAAAGACUUGUACAGCUUAUGGAGGAAAACAACAGACAACAGCAAUCCAUCAUAAACCUGCUCAAAGCCCUGGUGGAGAGGGGGGCGUCCGAUCAGUCCGAUCCCCCCAGCCCCUAUUCUGGGAAGAGAAAGAGGGGCAGCUCGGAGAGUCUUAGCGUCGACAAGGAGUGCAGAACGGCUUUGAGAGACACCUAUCGGACAAUAAUUAGGCACAGCUCUGUCGGCUGGAAUUUUGAGCAAAGCUUUACUGCUCCACCCAACCUGGCCGUCACUGAGGCCGUAGUUACAGAAAUAAGGAGGAAAUAUUCACAAGAUGGAACGCCCAAGUGGUCUGAACCCAUGAUAAAUGCGGCGUGUCGUGUUUACUACCGUUCACUGAGAGACGACUUUAAGAGAAGCAAUGAAGGAACAAAAGACAGACACAGGGAGCGGAUUAGGAGGAACGAAAGGCUGAAAAGGAAAUUAUCCAGAAGACAAACUGCCCUCAAGGACAUAGAUUGGAGCGAGGAAGAGAAAAAGAAAGUGGAAGAAAUACUUGUGAAAGACUUUAUGUCCAGCGAUGAAGAGGAGGACGGUGGCAGCUAUGUUAAAUCUCUGGAAUGGGAAUCGGAAACCUUAAGGCAUUACAAAAUGGAACUGGAUCAUUUUUACGUUGAAAAACAAAAUGCGAGAACGGUUAAUGCCAUGAUUUUACCGGAAAGAAACGGGGGCUAUUUUUCUUUGCGGAAAAAGCCAGAAAAUUGUCCCUCGUGGGCAAGUCUUUCUUUCACGUAAUCAGCAAGAGAAAGUUGAAGAGGAAACUGCGUCCAUUUUAGCUUCUCAUGGUUGUCAUAUAUUCUACGUCUAUAAAUUCUCACUUUCUGACACAUUUGUAAUUUUGUUUAACUAUCUUUUUAUGGUGAAUGUGCGACAUCUGCAGGUCGAGUUAUAACGUACUAUGAGCAAGAUCGUAAAAUUUAUUUGUACCAACUUCAAAAAAUGAAACAAAAGCCGUUUCCAAAAUUUUAUUGAAAAUGUUCAACCAGUACUUUCUUAUGUCUUUAUAAUUUUACAUAAAUAAAGUUAUUUAUAUCUAUUACUGGACUUACAAUUUAGUCUAAAUGACGACGUUGUGUCUACCUCUUGGAUAUUUCAGCCAUCUACUGAGAGAACAGGUGAAACUAUUCUCAGUUCUUGUUACAAGUACAACCUACAAAGACCAAGGAAUUAAUAUAAUUCCUAGCAUAGACUGCAUAAUAUCUUUGCAAUUUUACUUUUACAAUUAAAAUGUGUGUAAGUACACAACAGUCACAGAAAAAUCCUGCAGUACACAUAUUAAUUCACAACAAAUAUAAGCAACAGAUGUAUGUCACUCAAAAGUCUCCCAAGCUUAACAAAAGCUUUGGCCAGUUUUAUCUGAUGUCUUUGUAAUUUUUUAAGACAUGUAAGUGCAUGAAAGUAAAAGACUGCAGUAUGAAAUAACUACAGAAAAAAACUACAACUAUAUGCAGUUGGGUCAUCUCUCUAAGGUAAAAGUCCAUUUAUAUCCACCCCAUAUGCCCCAAAGCCAUAGUAUUUUCUAUGUCUACGUAAGCUUAUUUUCCCCAAUUCUGACCUAAAAAAAUACCAUAAAAAUAAAAGUACCUGAUGUUGAUGUUUCCUCUGAAAUGUACAGGAAGACAUGGUGGGCAAAUCCAAGACAGGAAAACUUUAAAGAAUAUGGCAAGGGUUUCAGAGAUCUCACCACAUAA